UUCUUAUUAGUAAUGGAAAAUGUUGGUUAUAUGGUAAUAAAAAAAGUUUGUUUAUUAUGUUUUUUGUUAUUUUGAUUUUGUCAACAAUUCUUCAGGUUUCAAAAUUUCAAACGAUAAAUUGGAAAAUUUUGGAAAAUUCAGAAUUAAAAUGUGAAAAUUCCACAAUUUGUUUGGAAAAAAACAUGUUUACAUUUUGUUCAUCAUUUAACGGGAAAUUGGCAAUAUUAGAAACUAUUUUUUUCUGUCCAUCAGAGUUUUAUUGUACAAAAAAUCAAAAAGAACCAUGUACACAUGCUUAUGAGAAUUCUUAUUGGAAAAUUUUUGAAAAUUUAGAUGCAGAAAAUAGGGAAAAAUUAUUUGAAUUGAAACGCAUUCUAGAUGAAACGAACAAUUUACCAGAAAUCAAUAAAACAGAAUCUGAAAAGGGAAUCACAAUUACGAAUGAUUUAAACAAUUAUAAAGUUAAAUUAGAUAACUCCACAAAAAAAUAUGAAAUUCCUCAGAUAGACUAUCCGUUACAAAAUAAUAAUUUUGGAAAAGAUGAUUUUGAAAAUCUUGAUAAUUAUGUAACUGAAACAGAACACAUAGAAGAAAACCAAGAAAAUUCUGAAACACCCACCGAAAAUAUGCAAAAUAUAUUUGAUUAUGUACGAGGAACAGAACGCGUAGAAGAAAACAAAGAAAAUUUCGAAACAUUCACUACAAAUUUGUUAAAUGUACCUGAUAAUCAUGAUGAAAGUAUCGAAGAGUUCACCAAAAUGUAUGAAUUUGGAGUUACAAAUGAAUAUGAAAAUAUAGUUACUGAGACAGAAGAUUCAGAUGAAAAUCAAGAACAUGAAAUGGAAGAGAUGACAGAAAAGGAAGAAAAUUUUGAAGCGAACUUGGAAACUGACAAAAUUGAAUUACAAAACGGAUUAGGAAAUAAUGAGGUUUUUGAAAAUUCUAGUAAACAUUUCGAAGUUGUGACGGAGAUGCCGGUAGGGAAGAAUGAAACAAAGAUUGAAAUAGAAGACAAUGAACAAUUUGGAAGCUUUGACUCUAAUUAUGAAGAUGUAUCAGAAAGCUACACGGAAAACUAUGAUUUUCCAACCGUACAAACAGUUGAUAAUUAUGGAUUUGAAACAAUUGAUUUCAAAAAUCAUGAAAAUUAUGACUACUCUGAAUAUAUGAAUGAAUAUGAUGAGCUUGAAAAAGAUAAUAUAAUAAAAAACGAAGAAUAUUUUGAAACAAACACUCAGGGUUAUGGAACUAUAACAGAAACAAUGAGUGAAAGUAAUGACAAUGUUAAAAAUAUCACUAAAAAUUAUGAUAUUGAACUAAGUACUAUAAAAGACCGUCAAAAAUAUAACUAUAUCAUUGAAUAUCUGGAUAGUGAAAUAGAAACGUCAACUGAAAUUGAUAUAUUCCAAACAGAAGAAAAUUUUGGUAGCAGCACUGUAAUAUCAAUAAAAAAUAAUAAAACACAAAAUGCAAAUAGAAAAGAUGCUAAUGUUGAGUGUGAAAAACCUGAAAAUGAAUAUGAACAUUUAACAAAAAAAGUUAUAAAAUGCUCAGAAACAAUGAUAGAAUAUAAUACAAGUUUUGAUAAUUCUAAUAUAAUUAAAAAGAAUAGCUUAAAUCUUAAUUAUACAAAUGACAAAACUGUGGACAAUUUUGAAAUUACAACUAAAAGUUCAGUUGGAAUCAGAACUAAUUUUUCAGGAAAUUAUGAAACUGAACCAAAAAAGCCACUUGAUAACAUAAAAAUCAAUAUAAAUAAAACAAAAAUUGGAAAAAGUGAUAAUGAAACUGAAGCAGUUUUGUUAAAAAAAUUGUAUUCAAAUAUCAUAUUAGUGAAUUCAGAUUUAAGCAAUUUAAAAAUAAACAUAAAAAGUAACAAAAUAAGCGCACCUAAGAAAAAUGAAAAAGAGUUUACUCAAUCACAAAAUUCUCCAAAAACUGUAAUCCACGAAAUUGUAAUAAACAGACCAAUUUUGUAUUACAACUUGCCUGAAACCGUUAAAAAUGCUUCAGGGACGGAACCACUUUUAAGAAAGUCUUCUGAACAAUUGAACAAUUUGGUUGAUGUUUAUGAAAUAUCAACUCAAAAAUGGACUGACAAUGAGACAAGUUUAGUAACGAAUGGAGAACUAACUGAAGCAACGACAGAAAAACAAGCAAGACCAAAAUGUUCCAAUUCAAAUUCCGGACGAUCAUAUCCUGGAGAAAAAUGUAACGAAUAUUUUAUUUGUACUAAAAUAAUGUGGUGGAACCAAUGGAUACGUAAAUUUUGCAAUUCCGCCUUCCGAUAUGACGUCUAUCUCCAAAAAUGUGUGUUUGAUCCAAAAUGUUUAUAAUUAAUUAUAUUUAUUAUUUAAUUUAAGUUUUUAAUAAUUUAUU